GUCUUUCAGUAUAUUCAGUAUAUCCAUCCGCCGGUCACACUGGACACAGCACAUGUAUUUCUGUUGACAAAAAAUUUAAUAAAAACAAUCUAAAAUGGUAAAGGGCAAGAAACCAUACAUUGACCGCAAGAAGGCAGUAACCUUUCAUUUGGUCCACCGCAGUCAACACGAUCCACUUGUCACCGACGAAAAUGCGCCGCAGCGUGUGCUCUUGGAGGCUGCUGCGAGGCAGCGAGAGUCGCAGGCCAAAUCGAAGGACGAUGCACCAGUGGAUCCCGCCAAGCGUCAGGAGGAGCAGAAGAAGUUCGGCAUUCACUUUGAUGACGACUACGACUACUUGCAGCACAUGAAGAAACGUGAGAACGAUGUGGUCUGGGAGUACAUGGAGAAUCCAAACCAUGCCAAGAAGCACCAGGAGGACGAUAAGCCAUCGACGGCCCCCAAACUAGUGUUGCCCAGUUCGGUUUUUGCCAGCGAGUUUGAGGAGACCGAGGGAAUGCUGAACAAGGCAGCUCCCCAAUCGUUGCGCUUGGACUGGGAUCCAGAUGUGGUGGCGGCACUGGAUAGCGAUUGCGAAAAUGAAGAGCUUGAGGAUGAUUUUGUUAUGCAGGCGAUGGGCGACGGUGAUGGAGAUGACGAGGAGCAGGAUUGGACUGACGAGGAAGAGGGCGGUGAUGAGGACAUGGACUUUGAUUCCGACAAUUUGAAUGAGGCCGAAGAUGAGGAUGAGCUUAUGGAUCGCCUGGCACCUUUGAUGCGAGAACGUCGUUUCGAUGACGAGGAGGUCAAGUCUCGCUUCACAGAAUAUUCCAUGUCGUCCAGUGUCAUUCGUCGCAAUGAGCAGCUCUCUUUGUUGGACGACCGCUUCGAAAAGUUCUUUGCCAGCUAUGAUGAUCCCGAGCUGGGGGACCUGGCCCUGGAAGAUAUCGAAGGCAAUUGGCACCAGAAGCACCCGGUCGUCAUGCAAUGCUUCCAGGAAUUCAAAAAGAAGAACAAGACUAUCGACUACAACAAAGAGUGGGAUCGUGAGCGCAUUGAAAAGUACCGGAAUGUGGUCGAGGGCGAGGAGGACCCCACCGAGGAGCUCGUCGAAUACGAAGUGGAUGAUCCCAAGCAAAAGAAAUGGGACUGUGAGUCCAUUCUGUCAACCUACUCCAAUAUCUACAAUCAUCCAAAGCUGAUUGACGAGCCAAGGCGUAGCCGUCGCUCCAGCGCCAGUACAGACCCAGCUCCCAUUCAGAUCGAUCCCAAAACCGGACUGCCCGCCAAUGUGUUGCGCGGCGGCGUUGAUGGCCAGCUCACAGCCAAAGCUCUGGCCAAUUUGGCUGAUGACUCGAACGCUGCCACGGGCCCAAAGUCGCUGUGCGCUAAGUCGGUGCUCUCGACGCUAAGCGUUCUGUCCAUACGCCCCAAGGAUGAGUCCGUCGAGGAGAAGAAGGAGAGAAAGCGUUUGCUAAAGGACUAUCGAAACGAGCGACGCAUCGAGAAGAAGGCCAACACAGAGGCCUUCAAGGAUGAGAAGAAGCGGCAAACUCACGUCAAGAUCAACCAGCGAACCAACCAGCAGGGCGCCACAAUUGUCUAGCUUAAGUUGCCAGCUCAGUUCUUUAGGUUUAAAUGUGAAUUGUAGUAUAUAUUGUACACAUGGCGUAUGUAUAAAGUGAUAUCUCUAUGAGGAGUAU